AUGUUUACAUUUCUUUUUCAGAUUUUAACAUUAUUAGUGAACCUUAUUAUUUGUAGUUAUGGAUUCUAUGUACCAGGUGUCGCUCCGGUGGAGUUUAAGAAGGGUCAAAGAAUUGAAGUAAAAGCAGUUAAAAUGACCAGUAUACAUACGCAACUACCAUAUGAAUAUUAUUCUUUACCGUUAUGUAUACCAAAAAAUGGAACCGUUUUAGAUAAAUCUGAAAAUUUAGGUGAAGUAUUACGAGGCAAUCGAAUUGUCAACACGCCAUAUGAGGUACAUAUGGCUGAAAACAUAAAAUGCAAACUAUUAUGCCAUAAACAGAAUAAUCCUAUGAAUUGGAGCGUUGAAGAAUCUGAAAAGGUCGCUAGUCGCAUUGAACAUGAAUAUUUUGUUCAUUUGCUGAUUGAUAAUUUACCUGUAGCUACUAGAAUCACAAAUGCUGAUACUUCUGAAAGGACUGUGGAACAAGGAUACCGACUAGGAUUCAUGUCUAAAGGCAAAGCAUUUAUUAACAACCAUUUGAAGUUACUUCUCAAGUAUCACAGACAUAGCCAAGAUUCAUAUAGAGUAGUGGGUUUUGAAGUAGAGACAUACUCAGUAGACAAAGAUGAAUUGGCAUUUAUCGAUGGAUCAUGCCAUUUUCCUGCUGAAAGUAAGCCUCAGCUCGUCAAUGAGGACACAGGCACCAAAUUAUUUUUCACAUAUUCAGUUGAGUGGGGUGAGUCAGAAAUUGAGUGGGCAUCUAGAUGGGAUAUAUAUUUAGGCAUGAGAGAUGUUCAAAUACAUUGGUUCUCCAUCGUGAACUCUAUAGUAGUUCUCUUUUUCUUAUCAGGUAUUCUAACAAUGAUUAUGGUUCGCACUCUUAGGAGAGAUAUUGCUAGAUAUAACUCUGAUGAAAGCAUUGAAGAUAUGAUAGAAGAAACAGGUUGGAAAUUGGUGCAUGGUGAUGUUUUCAGACCACCACCUAAAAGAAUGCUUUUUGCAGCAGUAAUUGGGAAUGGGAUUCAGGUGUUCUUAAUGGCACUUAUUACAAUCUUUAUAGCUAUGUUGGGAAUGUUAUCACCAGCCAGCCGUGGCGCUUUAAUGACAGCUGCUAUUUUCCUAUAUGUGUUUAUGGGUCUGAUAGCUGGAUACUACUCAGCGCGCUUAUAUAAUACUAUGAAAGGAAAGCAAUGGAAGCAAGCUGCAUUUUUAACAGCUACUCUUUACCCAGCUAUAGUAUUUGGAACUUGUUUCUUUUUAAACUUUUUCAUUAUGGGCAAACAUUCCAGUGGGGCUGUCCCAUUUUCAACAAUGAUGUCCCUUCUGUGCCUUUGGUUUUGCAUUUCAUUGCCAUUAGUUUAUUUGGGUUACUAUUUUGGAUGUCGUAAACAACCAUUCCAACAUCCAGUCCGAACAAAUUUCAUUCCAAGAAAAGUACCUGAACAAGUUUGGUACAUGAAUACAUUUGUAUGCAUAUUAAUGGCCGGAAUACUACCAUUCGGAGCUGUUUUUAUAGAGUUAUUUUUUAUUUUUAAUGCUCUAUGGGAAAAUCAGUUUUACUAUCUUUUUGGCUUUUUAUUUUUAGUGUUUUGCAUUUUAGUCGUCUCAGUGUCGCAGAUAUCAAUUGUCAUGGUCUAUUUCCAACUGUGUGGAGAGGACUAUCACUGGUGGUGGAAGAGCUUUAUUAUAUCUGGUGGAUCAGCUGUGUAUAUUUUGAUUUAUUCAAUAUUCUAUUUUUUUACAAAAUUGGAAAUAACAGAAUUUAUACCAACAUUGUUAUAUAUUGGAUACACAGGUCUUAUGGUCUUAACAUUUUGGAUUUUGACUGGAACUAUUGGAUUCUUUGCAGCAUACACAUUCAUAAGAAAAAUUUAUUCAGCAGUGAAAAUUGAC